GUGAAGAGGAACGUUGGCUCUAGAGCCUUAGCUAAACGAAUAAAACUUGCCUAAAAGAACAAUCAUUAUACAUAUACGUAUUAAUCGGAAUUGAUUUAUUGAAUAAUUUAGUUGUGGCCAUUAUGCUGCGCUUUACAAUAGCUUCAAAAUGUGUUAGAAUUAACCUCUAUUGGAUUGCAUAAUCUAAUUUAGUUAGCUAACCUGGCUAGUAGGCUGGAUAAGCGAAGGUUUAUUUUAAACGGAAGUUACUUUCUUAUAGUUAUGGUGUAACGUUAGCUGAACAGCUAAUGUAUAAACAUGAAAACCACCCAGAGCAAGACAACCAAACCAAUACCCGCAUCUGCAACAGAAGAAUGCGGAGUUUGGCUUGACGCUGGCGAAUUAAGAGCAAAGAAACCGAAGAAACGACUGACACGGCCAAUAUCCAAAUUACUGAACCCCCUGGCUCAGUCAGGUGGUUACAGCAUGGCAGUAGCAUUGAGCUUUACACAGACCAAACUGCAAAUGCCUGCAGCAAAACAGAGCACGAUAUCGUCGUUCUUUCCACCGCAGAGUAAAAUGAGUAAAGACACAGAAGAACGUGGGACACCCAGUCCUUCCAAGAUGUCCUUUACUUCACUUCCACAGGCACAUGUGGGAACCAAACGAAAGCGUGAGAUGACAUUUGAACUGUCUUCUGAACCCAGUAAAGACACCAGACAUAUCUCUCUAGUACACCCACAGGAUUCCCAUGUAGAUUUUAAGAGGGAGGCAGAUGAAUUCUGUAAAGACAGAGAAAAAGAGAAGCACUUUUUCCAUUUGAUUUGGGGAUGUCAGUCAGAAGAUCUUGAGCCAGCAGAAAAGAGGAGACGGCCAGAAAAUAUUAUCAUUGAAAAUGUGACAGUCACACAAAAGGAAUGCAACAAAGCAAAAUUUGAUGGAUGUAAAACCAUUGAGGAGAUUAAAGAAAUUCCUGAAACUCUGCUUCAGAGGCAUCAGGUACAACAAGAUUCUUAUGUGCAUUCUAAUCAGAUACAUAAGAGUAGUUUUAGAGCCAACCAGGAUGGUUCUUUAGCUUAUAACUCUGUGAAGGGUUUUCAGAGUCAGAAGCCCUUCAGGCCUUCUAUUCAGAGGGCUGUUUUUACCACAAGAUCAAUCACAGAGACCCAAAACACAGCAAAACAUCCAUCUAAGGCUUAUAAAGAGCUGGAGCUAUGUGAACAGAAUCACCAUUAUAUUCGGUGGGCACCUGUGAAAACAAUGGAUAAAGAAAAUAGCAGAUCCACAUCACCCUUACAACAUGUUAAACAUUUACCUCUUAAGCAGCAGUUCUCUCCUAGUCCAGCAAAGCUUUUUUCAGAUUUUAAGGUGAAGUAUUGUCGGUCACCUAAAAAGUCAGUCAAAGAGUCUCUGGGGGAUGAAGGAGAUUCCUUAGCCAUGUUAUUCACUCAGGACUCCGAAGGCUUUCGGGUGAUUGCCAACCGCAGCAAAUGGGUUAGAUGCCCACUGAAGGAUUGCACUAAUUCUACUGAAGGCAUAGAUUACUCAGACAUCCCAAAGCCAAUGGAACGAGAGGAGAACACAGACCUAGAGCCAGAGAUGCUUUUUACAAAGGACUCUCAGGGAAACAUGGUCAUCAAACACUAAAUGUUACAUUAGAGUUGCAUGGAUAGAUGGAUGUGGAGGAUGAUUUUGUUUUGCUGCUGAUUUGAAAGGUGUUUUAAGUAUCAUCAUAAUUAGACAAUGAUUAGAUAACAUUUAUAUAAUGUUUUUAUUUAUUUAUUUUUCUGAUUACAUGAGCCAAAUAUCCUUGUUCAUUUGGCUCAAUAAAGAAAUGGUCUACCAAAAAUAAAGUGAAUAGGUUGAUUUUAAAACCAUCCUGUAUCUUGUGAGCAUCUUUUUAUUAAAUAGCUGAUAUUGGUAUAUGGCUAUUAUCAGUGAGUUAGUUGGUAAAUAUAAUUCUUGCACAUCUAAUGGAUAUAAAAGAAAAUUGAAUGUCAGUAUUAGAAUAUAAAGGACAACUAGUUUGUAUAUACCUGUGUCAUUGCAAUUUUCCAUACUUCUAUAUAUCUAAUUUGCGCUAUAUUAAUAUGAACUAGCUUACAUGUAGGUGAAUGGUUAUGGACAGUCAUCUUAAAUGUUUUACUGGCCUGAUACAGCCACUUCUACCCAUUAGCUACCAGCUGGUAAGGUUUCUGAAACUGAAUCUUGACACUGAAUCUUGUGAGUUUUCUGAUUUAAUUUUUUUUCUAAGUAUAAUGCAUUAUGAUCUAAUCUGGCUGUAAAUAAUGCUAAGGGAAUAGUAUGAUCAUUGUGAAUUUUCUUCUUUGCUGCACAGUAGCUAGUAAAAUACAAGAGAACCUUAUGAACCUUUUUAUCCUCCUUUGUCAGACAUAAAUAAUUGGACAAGGCAGAUAUUUCUUUUUGCAUGAAUGUAUGAGAUUUAGCUCAUUCUUUUAAUAGAAUGACAUUAGUGUGGUUACAAGUGUAAUUUUCUAAAUUUUAUUAAUUGACUUGGCAAUUUGAGUGGAAAUAAAUAAAAAUACAUCUCACUCAUGUAUUUUUAGCAGGGCCAAAACAGAAAAAUUUAAAUGUUUCUAUGUACCUUUUAGUGUCCCGUGUGAAGUCAACUGGCAAUAUUACCAAUCAUGACUCUUAAAAUGUAUAAAUAAUAGAAUUUGUAAAUAUCCCCAUAUUAAAGUAUAUUAUGUAAUAUUUGAAGUUA